AUGUUUUCUUCACAGACCGCACGGUACAUCUCCGUGGCUGCGGGAACCCUGGUGGCAUUAUCCUGCGGCACAAAUUAUGCAUACUCGGCAUGGGCACCGCAAUUCGCCCACAAGAUGAAGCUCUCUUCUACCGAGAGUAACCUCAUCGGUGCCGCUGGAAAUCUGGGCAUGUACGCCAUGGGAUUCCCCAUGGGCUUGUUGACCGAUGCUCGUGGACCAAGGCUCAUUACCUUGAUCGGUUCGAUCUGUCUUGCAAUUGGCUAUUACCCGAUUUAUUUAUCUUAUCAACACGGGGAGGGUUCGGUCCCCAUCAUUUUCCUGUGCUUCUUCGCUUUUAUGACAGGUACUGGUGGUUGCUCGGCCUUUUCGGGAGCGAUCAAAACCGCUGCAUCUAAUUUCCCUGACAACCGUGGCACUGCGACUGCCUUGCCAUUAGCCGCCUUUGGAUUAAGUGCCUUAUUCUGGUCCAACAUCUCGACGAUUGUUUUCAAGGGCGACACUGGUCGCUUCUUGCUUCUCCUGGCCAUCGGCACAUCUGUUCUCUCCUUCAUUUCGAUCCCAUUCCUCCGAAUCUUGCCACCAGAUUCAUAUUCAUCGGUUCCCCACCAUGGUCACGAAGACCCGUCCGAGUCUCAAAGGCUGCGUCGGACCAGUGCGUCGUCUUUGCCCGAGAACUCUGACGACUCGCACAACUCUACGGCUUUCGACAACGAGCAGUCAGCACACGCUCGUGGUCAAUCGGUUUCGGGCCAUCGCGGCUACAACGGCAACCAGGACGAAACCUCCUCUCUUGUAUCCAAGGACGAUGUGCGCCCUUCUUUCGACACGCUGGACGAUGAUUUCCUCGACGAGGUAGCGAUGGAGUCUCACCACACUGAUAUCAGAGGCUUAGCCAUGCUCCGCAAAGUCGAGUUCUGGCAACUAUUCCUAACCAUGGCCCUACUGUCCGGAAUUGGAUUAAUGACCAUCAACAACAUCGGCAACAGCACCAAAGCCCUUUGGAUAUACUAUGACGACAGCGCCUCGUCGAAAUUCAUCCAGCAGCGACAAGUCAUGCACGUUUCCAUUCUCUCAUUCGGAAACUUCCUCGGCCGUCUCUUCAGCGGUAUCGGCUCGGACAUCUUGGUCAAGAAACUCGACAUGUCCCGCUUCUGGUGCCUCUUAAUCUCCGCCGUCGUCUUCACCCUCACCCAACUCGCCGGCUCCUCCAUCUCGAACCCAAACACCCUCGUCAUCGUCUCUGCCUUCACGGGUAUCGCUUACGGAUUCCUGUUUGGUGUCUUCCCUUCCCUGACCGCACACACCUUUGGUAUCGGCGGUCUUUCCCAGAACUGGGGCGUCAUGACUCUGGCCCCUGUCUUCAGUGGAAAUAUCUUCAACCUGCUCUACGGAACCGUUUAUGACCGCCACUCCGUCGUCAAUCCGGAAGGCGACCGCGACUGUCCGGAUGGUCUGGCCUGCUACCGCUCUGCAUACUAUUUGACCUUCUUCUCUGGUCUCGCCGGUAUCCUGGUCUGUCUGUGGAGCAUCUUUCGCGAGAAACAGAUCCACAGCGCUAUGGCGAAGAAGUCCGACCACCGCCUCGCAUGA